AUGAGCGAAGAAAUACCGAAUGCAACCAUCGAUGGGGUUCCCAACGAUAGACUACACAUACAGAACAUCCCUCCUCACCUGACGGAAUCUCACCUGAGGAAUUUAUUUGGAAACGCAGGAUAUACCAUAACAGACGUGUGCUAUUUUAAUAAAAACAGAAAACAAUCAAACAAUGGUUUUAUGAACAGGAAGGUUUACAACACUGCCUUGAUUACAUUUAACACACAUGAGGAGGCUUUAAGUGUCUUGAAGAACAUCAAAAGCAUGAUUGAUACGAGCAGACAGGAGAAGAGCAUCGAGGCGAAAUUCGCCGUGCCGAAUGUGAAUAACAAUUCGGGUGGAAAGAAUAAUAAUAGUGGUCAUGGCACUGGGGGGAGCAUCGGAGGUAAUGGAGGCGGCCCACAUGGCCCAUUUGGAAACAUGGGAUCCUCCGGAAAUAACAACUUCCAAAAGAGCUUUAAUAACAACGACGAUUUUAACGGAGGAGGAAUGAACAACUACAAUUAUUUUAACACCACGGGAAAUGUACAAGGAAAUUUAGCAACCAGGAAUAUGAUGAAAGGGAAGAACCCCAAUAAUGGAAUGAUGAUGAUGAUGAAUAAUGUAAACAAUACGAGUGGCAUGAACGGAGUGCUGAGCCCAAAUGACCGCCAGAUGAAUGGAGGCGUGUUUAAUCAGAAAAAUAACUUUAUGCUGAACAAUUCCAACUUGGGUAAUGGGAAAAGUAUUCCCGAAAUGGUGAAAGCCGAUGGGGAAUUCUCCCCCCGGGCGAGCGGCAAUAUUGGGGACAUGCACAGUGUCGGUGCCAUUAGCGGGGUUGGCCCUGUUGGUGGUGUGAACGGUAUGAACGGUCUGCAGGGCGAAGGGGUCGGAAGCGGAAACCACGGUAACGCACACGGUAAUGCACAUGGAGGAAGUGGUCCCGCUAUGUUCAGGCAAAUGCAAAACAACAACAACGGAAAUGUCUUCCAAUCGAGCGAUCCCGUAAUGGAAGAAUGUAAUGAAAAUAUUGAAGGCCUAAGUCUGUGGGAGAUUUACAAGGAUAAGAACAACAACACCUAUUAUUAUAAUAACCUCACGAAACAUAGUCAAUGGAACAAACCCGUACACCCAAAUAAAUUGUUCCAUUUUAAUAAUAACGAUAAAACCAAGUUGAAUGGUCCCAAUGGAAGCAACUUAUUUAUUUUUCACAUACCAAGUGAAUGGACCGACUUGGACUUAUUCCAACACUUUUGUUGUUUCGGAAAUAUAAUAUCGUCUAAAAUUCAGAGAGACAACACGGGUAGGAACUCUGGCUUCGGCUUUGUGAGCUACGACAAUAUCCUGAGUGCACAGCAUGCCAUUCAAUUUAUGAAUGGCUACUUUGUGAAUAAUAAAUAUUUGAAGGUGCAACUGAAGAAGGGGGAGGGCGCGGAAAAGGCCUAG